AGGUAGAAAUUCCCUUUCGCGCUUUGUGGCUGGCUGCGAAGAGGUUUUUUGCAGCAAAUAUUUACUCAGCGUCUAUCAUGUAGCCAUAUGUCUUUAUCAACCGAAGCACCAUUUAUCUAUCUCAUUGCUAUAUGAUUCCGAUUAGCUCAUUGUUGAAUUCCCCACUACUAAAUGCUACUCCAGAAACUGAUCCCUAUGAAGUUAUCAUUGUUGCUCCACUUGAAGAUUUAGAGCCAGAGCCAGAGCUAGUGCCAAAACCUGAUCCAGAGCCAGAGCCAGAACCAAAACCAGAGGUACAACCUGAAUCAGAUCCUUUUUUCAAAAAUCACGAAAUCUUGCUUGAAGUAGACAACAAGAAUGGUUCUAUUCCUGAAGGUGGAUUAUUCCCAAUGGAGAUAGAAUAUCAAGGGGAAGAAGAAGUACCAUACAUUCCAGAACCAAAACAGCCUCAACCUGAAUUCCUAUAUGUGGUACCUCAAGCACUGCAAAAGCAACUGUACAAUCUGUCGAUACAUUCUUCUCCUGUAACUUCAACUUCAUUAGAAGAUCUAUUUCCCGAACUCCUUUUAGGAGAAAGCCUGAAGUCAAUUACAAGCGAAUUUCUUGCUCCUGAUAAACCUCCAGCUACUCCCUCCGAACUCCUAAGGAUACAGUUAUCCAAGUUUCAAGCUUUUCCUCAAAGAAAUAUUGCAGAAGUAGAAGAGGAACGUGGAAGAUCACGGCUGCAAUCGCUACUGAACUCAUUCUCCUUUUUUGAAUCAGGCAAUAGGAUUUAUCAACGUCCGGACCCAGGUGCAAUUACUUCGGUUGAAAUGCCUGAUAUGGCACCAAAACUAAACUGUGUCUAUAGAGAACAUGAACCUGAUGGAUUCCAUGACUUUCUAGUUAUGAAAUUGAUAACUGAAGAACCACUUCCUACAGUGGGAAGACGUUUUUAUACUCGCCCUGAUUUCUUUGAGAAAGCUCCAAAAUCAAGGUUUUUCAUUUUCCAAAUGAAUCAUAGAUUUAGAAUGAAUGCUUACGAACCAGAGUAUAUUCAAAUAGAACUAAAUCAAUUGGGAAUUCCUAUUUCUGAUAAUAGUAAAGCCUUGUGUCCAUUUUGUGAAGAUCUCCAAUUCUUUAUUAUCAAAGAUUCAUCAUAUAGCACCCAUCUUGCGUGUCAUCAUGGUAUAGGGUAUGGUGGACUUCCAUUCCCAAAUCCAAUUUAUAAGGGGAAAUAUCUUACGCUGACACUUAGACUGAAAACUGGUGUGAUUUGUCCACUAUGCUACGAUUUAAUCGAUUUGUCACACAAUAUUAGAAGUGGUAUUUAUAGUACAUACUUCGAACAUUUUAAGGUCAAUCAUGAGAAAGAUUGGUUCCUUAAGUGCUUCUUAGUACCUGAUGUAAAAAAUUUAGAUUAGAUUUGUCAUUAAAACGUACAUAAAAUUUUAUAU